GCCAUCAAUUGACAGGGAAAUCAUCAGUAGAAAUUUAUCGCCAGUGUCUGCUGACGGGAUGUCGGUGUGUGGAGCUGGAUUGUUGGAAUGGAAGAAAUUCAGAUGAAGAACCAAUUAUAACUCAUGGUUAUACUGUGGUUACAGAAAUCUUGCUAAAGGAAGUCAUAGAAGCGAUUGCAGAGAGUGCUUUCAAGACAUCGUGUUUUCCAGUAAUCUUGUCUUUUGAAAACCAUUGUUCAACAAAACAACAAGUCAAAAUGGCAACUUACUGCAGGAAAAUUUUGGGUGAUAUGCUAUUAACAGAACCUUUACCAACCCAUCCUGUAAAGCCAGGACAGGCAUUACCUUCUGCUAAUCAACUGCUGAAGAAGAUCAUAAUCAAGAACAAGAAAAAACAUUAUUCCAGAGCUGCUUACAAGACUGGUGGGACUGUAGUACAAGGGAACAGUGAUGAAGUGUCCCUGCCUUCUCGAACCCCAGAGAAGACACAGCACAUAUUAGCAGCUUCCAACAGUAUAGAAAGCCAUAGUGAGACCAUUACUUUAACUAUAGCUGGAGAGGUGGACCUAAAAGAGGGGGUAGUGAAUGAAAUAGCAGGACUUUCUCCAAAACUGCAGGGUUUAAGUUGUGAUAUUGAAGACUCUGAUACAGACUCAGGAAGUGAAGAAGAGGAAACUCUUGAGGUCUAUUCAGAGGACCAGAAUGAGGGAACAGCUGCUAAGGAAUCAGAAGCUGGAGCUGAAAUGUCUGCAUUAGUCAAUUACAUACAGCCAGUUCGAUUUCACUCAUUUGAGUUUGCUGAGAGAAAAAACAGAAGCUAUGAAGUUUCUUCGUUUGUGGAAACACAGGCUACAAGUUUAUUGAAAGAACACCCAGUGGAGUUUGUGAAUUACAAUAAACGCCAACUGAGCAGAAUCUAUCCCCGAGGGACACGAGUAGACUCCAGUAAUUAUAUGCCUCAGGUUUUUUGGAAUGCUGGUUGUCAGAUGGUAGCUCUAAACUUCCAAACAUUAGAUCUGGGAAUGCAAUUAAAUCUGGGCAUCUUUGAGUACAAUGCUCGCAGUGGCUACCUCCUGAAACCUGACUUUAUGAGAAGAAAAGAUAGGAAAUUUGAUCCAUUUACAGAGUCAACCGUAGAUGGUAUUAUAGCUGGAACAGUAUCAGUUAAGAUAAUUUCUGGUCAGUUCCUAACAGACAAAAGAGUGGGAACUUAUGUGGAAGUGGAUAUGUAUGGGCUUCCUGCAGACACCGUUCGACGAAAGUUUCGAACCAAGACAGUUCCUGUGAAUGGAAUCAACCCAAUUUAUGAUGAUGAUCCAUUUGUUUAUAAAAAGGUUGUACUUCCUGACUUGGCGUGUUUGAGAAUUACUGUGAAUGAAGAGAAUGGACGAUUUAUUGGUCACAGGGUAUUACCUGUAGUUGGGCUACGCCCAGGAUAUCGACAUAUAUCUUUACGGAAUGAGUCUGGACAACCUUUGACUCUUGCAACACUUUUUGUCCAUAUAACUGUGAAAGAUUACAUUCCUGAUGCUUUCUCAGAGCUGGCUGAUGCACUGGCUAACCCCAUCGCCUACCAGUCAAUGGUGGAGAAACAUGCCCAACAACUGAUGGCCUUGACUGAUGACAUUGACAUGGAUGAAAUAGAGCCAUCUUCAAUAGAAGUUCCAUCACCUAAGGAACCCAGAAGAUCAGACAUAGAAAAGACCAGAGUUAUUGGGAAGAUAGAUUCUUUUGAAGUUGGAAGAAGUGGAGAAACAAGCACAGGUGUGAAACAUGAUACCAUGAAUGGGAACAUCCAGCUUCCUGUCCUUAUGGGAAAUACUUCUCCUGUUCCAGUCUCCCCGCUCAGUCGGCAAGAUACUUUAAAAAAAAGACUAAAUCAGUCAGUCAGAAGCCUAUCAGAUGAUGUUUCAUCAGAAAAGCCAAUCUCUUUACUGGAAUCUGAAGAAGCCAACAUCAGUGCAGAAACCAUUGAAAAGAUAAAAGAAUCAAAACUAGUACAGAAAAUAAAGACCAAGAUAGACAGAGAUCUUGCUCUUUUGCAUAAAAAGUUUGAAAAGUCACGAGAAAAAGAGAAAGAACUCCAGCAGCAAAAGGAAGAGAAACUCUUUCAAGCCCAGAUAAAAUUGAAAUCUCAGAUUGCUAAGACUCAUACAAAGCAAGUGAAAAAAGGCUCUGCUACAAAUGUCCACUUACUUAAAAGGAAGAGUGAAGCUGAUUUAGAAUCAAUAUUUGUUCAACACCAAAGUAAGAUAGAGGAACUUCGGAAGACCUUUAGUCAUAACUUCCUUUCCUUGAUCAAAGAUCAGUUCCGUGCAGAAAUGGACCUUCAAAAAAAAUACCAUGAACCUUUAUAUCUUGCAAUUGAAAAAGCUACCCAACUAUCUCAGGCUGAACAACUACAGAUGUUGCAGAAUCUGCAUGACAGGGAAGUUAGUGAUUUAAUGAAGAGGUUAGAAACACAGAACAGAGAAGAGAUUCGUAACUUAGGGAAAAGUCACAAAGACAAGAAUGAACUGGCUAGAAUGAAGAGAGAACUACAACAAAAGUUGAUUGAACAGGCUGUAGGAGAAAGACAAAGAUUUAACAGUUUAUUAAAGAAAAGGAAGACUGCAUUAGAAAAAGAACAUGAGGAGGUUAGGAAAAAAGUUGAAGAAGAAAAAAGUCAUGCUCAGAUGAAACUCCAAGAAAUGUUUGAAAAAAAGUGUGUAGCCUUGCAGCAUGAGUUUGAUGAAAAUCCUUGGAUAUUUUUCUCUGUUUCCAGUGCAGAUGUUCCACAGACUUCUCUGUUAUGAGAGAAUUUAAAAUCAAGAUAAUAUGAGCUGCAAUUUUCUGCCCAGGAUUACUGCAUGGUGCUGCUUUCUGGUAACACAAAGGAAAGAAAACUAUUUGACACUCAACAGUUCAUGGUAGAGCUUUUGUGUUUGCAGCAUCUUGUGAUGUCAGUCAGCUUUGGAUCAUUCCAUUCAUAGAUAAGACAGGAGAUAUGUUUGUAAAUGAAAAUAAUAAGUUGGUAUAUAUAAUUUUGUUUACAAGUUGUAUAUACUAUUCUGGGUAUUUUGUUAUUCUGGUGUUAUUUCCAAGAAAAUCAGAUGUUCUUUGUAAGCUUCAAAACUUCACUAUUGUUUAUACUCACAGAGGAGUACUGGUCAGGUAUUGUUAUAUCAGUUCAAAUCAUUGAAUGUUUGUCAUAUGUAUUCAUUUAUCUAACAGUAAAUUUAAUGUUCAUAGAAAUUGUCAUGGCUGUUAUUA